GUGUCCUCCUGCCUACCACGUCGACACAGAUAAAGGCUUCAACUUUUCUGGAGUUGAUGAGUCCUUCGUUUGCCAAAAGAAGAAUCAUUUCCAGGUCACGGUUCACAUCGGCGUGGCCGCGGAGCCGCAGUUCGUCCGAACGCCCAGCGGCCCGCAGCCCGUCGAUCACUUCCAGAUAAAAGUGUUCGGGAUCAAGCUGGAGUCUCCGAGCCACCAGGUGACGAUCGAGCAGUCGCAGCCGGACCGGAGCAAGAAGGCUUUUCAUCCCGUCAGGGUCAGUCUUCCUAGCGGUAAAAUCACAAAGGUAACGCUCGGCCGACUUCACUUUAGCGAGACGACGUCCAACAACAUGAGGAAGAAAGGAAAACCCAACCCUGACCAGAGAUAUUUCCAGAUGGUGGUUGGUCUCUACGCUGCAGUGAGAGGAGAAGAAACCUUCCUCCUCGCGGCUUUAAUGUCCGAGAAAAUCAUCGUCAGGGCCUCUAACCCGGGUCAGUUUGAGAUGGACGGAGACGCCCUGUGGCAGCGGGGGGGUUUUCCGGACGCUUUAGUUUGCCACGGUCGAGUGGGCAUCAACACAGAUUCCCCCGAUGAGGCGUUAGUCGUCUGUGGCAACGCCAAAGUGAUGGGAGCCGUGAUGCAGCCGUCAGACCGCCGCGCCAAGGAGAACAUCCAGGAGGUCGACUCUGAGCAGCAGCUGAGGAGAAUCACUCAGAUGAGGAUCGUUGAGUUCGAUUAUAAACCCGAGUUCGCCUCCAACAUGGGAAUAGACCACACCCACCAGACAGGGAUAAUAGCUCAGGAGGUGAAGGAGCUGCUGCCUUCAGCGGUGACCGAGGUCGGAGACGUUUCCUGUUCUGACGGAAAGAAGAUCCACAACUUCCUCAUGGUGGACAAAGAGCAGAUCUUCAUGGAGAACGUGGGCGCGGUGCAGCAGCUUUCAAAACUCACAGACAACCUGGACACUCGGAUCAAAGAGCUGGAGGUCUGGAACCGAAGGCUGGAGAAACUGAAGAGCCUCGGAGGCAGCCUGCGCUCCACCGGCAGGAAACCCAGCAGUGUGUGUGUGAGUCCUGAGGAGGGGAAACCCGUCAGAGUUCAGAAGGAGAGCCGGAGUCAGAAGGUUCUUCGGCACAAAGUCUUCCAGGCCAGCGUCUUCACCCUGCUGGCCACCAUGGCUUUCUGCGUCAUCUCUAUCACGGCUAUCUACCUGCUGAACCUGACUGACGACUCGGACAUGAGUAACGGCAGUGCGGAGCCUUUUCAGCCGACAGCCUGGAGCAGCCAAGUCCCCCCCACCAGCCCCCCCGGCUCUUGGCCCCCAGAUGUGGACUUCUGUGAGCUGCUGUACUGUGACCAUGUGUACUGCUGCCCUCCAGGGGGCAGCACUGAGCCCAACAUCACCUCCACACAAACAUCUCAUAUGUCAGAAAAAAGAAAAGAAAAAACUUACGACCAGAUGAAACUGGCUGGAGAUUGGACGAACACCACCAUCCAAUCCUUUAUGAUCAAAGAGAGCCAGCAGGUGAUCGACAGCAAAUACUGCCUGAGAACCGAAUGUGGGCCCGGGAGAUACGUCUUCAGAGUUCCUGUCAGUCAGUUUGUCCCAGUCAACAUGAGAGUCACGCUGAUCAUGAACUCCACAGAGCUGCUGGUGGUUCACCUCUGCAGCCUCGAUGAGUCGGCGCCUUGCUCUGCUCUGCUGGAUCUAGACAGCGUCUCAGGGAGUAGAUACCCGACAAACACACAGGGAGAACAUGAAUGGAAUCUCCACGUCGCUCGUCUUUAUCACAGCUCGUAUCACUUUCGCUCCACAGUGGCCGGUCAGGCAGACUGUAAUACCGAUCAUCACCUGGCGGGGGCGCUCUUCACAGAUUACCACCUCCACUUCUACAGACGCUGCACAGACUCGUAGUCCCACGUUUAAAAGAUUUGAAAAAGUGUUUUUUUUAACACAAUAUGACAAUCAGAUUAAUUUAAGACUUACUUCUGCUCUGUUUUGUUUUUGUUUUGUUUUGAUUGUAAUAUGAGUCGCUUUAGCUGAUGGAUUGUUCUGUAUAAUAGCAAAUAACAAAAGUGGAAUUUGCCUCGAUAUCCAACUAAUAUGAGAUUAAAGUCAUACAUGUAUGAGUAAAAAGGAGACUAUUCUUCUCGGAUUAAAUCAGUAACAUCAGUUUUUUUAUGCAAAUGUAUGAUUUUUAAUGUUAAUUUCCUUAUUUUGACGACCAGAAUUACAUUUUUUCUCAAAAUAAUGCAAGCUUACUUUAUCCUUUUUGCUUUUCCAUAUAUUGACUGGAGAGUUAUACAUUAUUAUAUAUAUUUAAAGGCCUUUCGUAUCAAUUACAAAAGACCUUUGCCAAGACAUUGCAUAUUUAAGU